AUGCAUUUCACUGCUCUUCUGACCGCGUCGCUGGCGGCUGGCGCGUUGGCGCAGUCGGUGUCGAACCCACACAAGAUGGCUAAGCAGAAGUUGGCGAAGAGAGCUCCGGUUUCAGCUCCAGCACAAGAGCGCCGGUCACUUCCCUCACUCGCGAAACGACAACAUUCGAGCUACUUGACGCCUCAGACCGAGAAGUUCGCCGUUAAUGGCACCGGAGUUCCACUGGUCCCCUUUGACAUUGGCGAGUCCUAUGCGGGCACGCUUUCCAUCGAUGGAAACAGCUCGAACCAAAACCAGCUGUUCUUUUGGUUCUUCCCCUCAGAUAACCCUGCGGCGUCGGAUGAGAUCACCAUCUGGUUGAACGGCGGGCCUGGAUGUAGCUCGCUUGACGGCCUUCUGCAAGAACAUGGCCCAUUCCUUUGGCAGAGCGGGACUUACGGUCCACAACCAAACCCGUUUUCCUUUACCAAUCUUACCAACAUGGUCUACGUCGACCAGCCAAUUGGCACGGGCUUCUCCCCUGCAGCGCCGGGAGCCCCAGCAAAGAUCACCAACGAGGUUGAUGUUGGCCAACAAUUUGCCGGCUUUUGGAAAAACUUCAUGACCACGUUCAACAUGACGGGACGGAAAGUCUACAUCACUGGCGAGUCGUAUGCGGGACAAUACAUCCCAUACAUUGCCAGCUAUAUGAUCGAUCAGAACAACACAGAUUAUUACAACGUCGCUGGCAUCCAGAUCAACGAUCCCAGUAUUGGGCUGGACUCCGUCCUUACAGAAGUGCCUGCUGCCACGCACAUGAACAACUAUGCCAACGUCUUCGGCCUCAAUGACUCGUUCGUGUCCGCCAUCAACAAAAGGGCCGAGCAGUGCGGCUACAUCGAGUUCAUGGAAACUGCAUUGACCUUCCCACCCAAGGGCAAGUUCAAGGAGCCAGUGAAUGCAUCGAAUCCAGAUUGUGACAUCUGGGAUGAUAUCAUUUUCGCCGAACUCUACGUCAACCCUUGUUUCAACUUUUACCAUUUGACAGACUUCUGCCCGUUCUUGAACGACGAACUUGGCUUCCCAUCUCUCGGCGACGGACCAAACAACUACUUCAAUCGCAGCGACGUCCAGGCCGCUAUCCACGCCCCUCCCACCGACUACGUGAUCUGCGGUGAUGAUAGCCUAUUCCCGAAAGGUGACCAAUCGCCUCCUUCAUCAUUCACCGCGCUGCCGCAUGUUAUCGAGCAUACCAACAACGUCAUCGUCGGCAGCGGUCUCCUGGACUACUUGCUCUUGAUGAAUGGCACGCUGAUGACCCUUAACAAUAUGACCUGGAAUGGCGCUCAGGGCUUUUCCAAGAAACCCUCUGACAAGUUCUUCGUGCCGUACAACCCCUCUAUCGGGUUCGUUAUUCAGGAGACUUACAACCAGCCAAUCCCUGCCACCCCCGUGGGCUUGGUCGCAGGUGGUGGAUACUUGGGCACGACACACACCGAGAGAGGGUUGACCUUCGUGGUUGUCGACAUGGCAGGCCAUGAGAUUCCCCAAUAUGUCCCGGGCGCCGCCUACAGACAGCUCGAGUUCUUGCUGGGUAGAAUCAAGAGCCUGACCCAGAUUGGAGACUUCACGACGCAACAUGGUAACUACACGGGCACAACUCCAUUGUAG